UUCAAGUUUUCGUUGGACGACUUCCAGACCACCAGCACAACAGAUGGCUGGGAAUUUAGAGUGAUCGAGGAUGACAAGGCCCCAAAGAAGAAAGACGUGAACCUCGACGAAAUUUUGAGAAGAAAAGGCGGAUUGACUGGACUUGUGGAAGGUGAGGCUGAACCCACGGCGGAAGCCGAAAGCAAGAACGCUACCUCUAUCGGUUCAGCUGAAGAAGAAUCGAACGAUAAUUCAGAGCUGACUGGUCAAGAAGCAGAUGCGGAGGCAAAAGACGAUGAUGACGAGCUUGCCAUGGAUGGUUUUGGCAUGGGCUUCCUGGAGGACGUGGAAGACGACGAGGCUGCUGAAGACGACGACGAAGGCAAUGAUGAUAAUGAAGAGGAAGAAGUUUUGGAUGAAGGUGCGGAUGGCAGUGACUCUGAAAAAGAUGAGGACUCUGCUGACGCGAUCGCCGAUUUUUUUGAAAAGGCUGAUGAGGCUGAAGAUCCACACAACACGUUCCAGUCCCUAGAUCUCUCUCGUCCAGUCUUGAAAGGGUUGUCUAAUUUGGGAUACACUAAGCCCUCGCCUAUCCAGGCUUCUUCCAUUCCUAUUGCUCUUAUGGGCAAGGAUAUAGUCGCAGGUGCCGUCACAGGUUCGGGUAAGACUGCUGCCUACAUGAUUCCCAUCAUUGAGAGAUUGCUCUUCAAGCCAACAAAAAUCGCGUCGACAAGAGUCAUUGUUUUAACCCCAACCAGAGAAUUGGCUAUCCAAGUGUGUGACGUGGGAAAGAAAAUAGGUCGUUUCAUCAACAACCUCACCUUCGGUUUGGCUGUGGGUGGCUUGAAUCUCAGACAACAAGAGCAACAGUUGAAAACUAGACCUGAUAUUGUUGUCGCUACUCCAGGUAGAUUGAUUGAUCAUAUCAGAAACUCUGCAUCAUUCUCCAUCGACAACUUAGAGAUUCUCGUCAUGGAUGAGGCAGAUAGAAUGUUGGAGGAAGGUUUCCAGGUGGAACUCACAGAGAUCUUGACUUUGAUUCCAAAACACAAGCGGCAAACAAUGCUUUACUCCGCGACGAUGAACACCAAGAUCCAAGACUUGAUCCAGUUAUCGUUGAACAAACCUGUGCGUAUUAUGAUUGACCCGCCAAAAGCAGCAGCUUCAAAUUUGGUGCAAGAGUUUGUUCGUAUUCGUAAAAAGGAUACCAUGAAGCCCGCGCUCUUAUACCAGCUUCUAAAAAGUUGUGAUCCUCAGCAGCAAAGCCGAAUUGUGGUCUUUGUUUCCAGAAAGGAUACCGCUCAUAGACUUAGAAUCAUACUUGGUCUCUUGGGUAUGAAGGUGUCUGAGUUGCAUGGAUCUUUGUCCCAGGAACAGCGUCUCAACAAUGUCAACGACUUCAAAAACUUGACUGUUCCGGUCUUGAUCUGUACAGAUUUGGCAGCAAGAGGUUUGGAUAUCCCCAAAAUUGAGAUGGUCAUCAAUUAUGAUAUGCCAAAGUCGCAUGAAAUCUAUUUGCAUAGAGUUGGAAGAACAGCGAGAGCAGGUAGAGACGGUCGCUCUGUCACAUUGGUGGGAGAAGCUGCUGCCGACAGAAACAUCGUGAAAGCAGCGAUCAAAUCGUUGGAAUCUAGUGAGUCUCAGCAAAAGGCUGUAUCCAGACUGGUGGACUGGUCUGAAAUUGAGACGGUGCACAAAGUAAUUGAGGACAAAGAGGCGCUCAUAGAAGAAGUAUUGGAGGAGGAAAAAGAGGCAAAAGAUCUUCUUUCUGCUGAGAUGGAAAUGAGUAAGGCAGAAAAUCUUUUGAAGCAUGGAAAAGAGAUCUAUUCAAAACCAAAGAGAACCUGGUUCGAGUCUGAAGCUGACAAAAGAAAAAACCUGGCAUUGCAAGAAUUGUCCAAGAACAAAACUAAGCUCAAUUCCAAGAAGAGAAAACAGAAGGAAGUGGAGAAAGAAACUGGCAGAUCUUACAAAAAGACGAAGGUUGACAGAGUCAACACCCAGGGAAAAGCACGUAAUAGCAAAGGAGGCAAGAAGAAAGGUAAA